AUGACUUUUGAUGCUAAAGAAUACCCGCUUUCAGGUAUUGAGGUUCCUUUCCAGUACAGAUUAAAAGAAGCCAAUGACGAGCCUGCUGCCUUAAGCAUAGAGAUGGACCUACUAUCUAAUAGCACAGUUGAUGAAAAUGUGAGAAAGCGGAAGGGAAACCAGGUCGAUGAACCACUUUUCGAGCCGAAGCGGAUGAAAUCCGGCGCACGAACCUGCGUGGACGAUGAAAUAGUUAGGACACCAAGCAUGGAGUCCCUGUUGAACUACAGUGUGGAAGAAGACGAGAGCGUUUCGCACAGGCGAAGGGCUCCUAACCGGUGCGGAGAAAGUCCAAAUGAAGAGUCCAUCAUUUCGGUGGCUUCGGUCGCGGCGGCCAAUACGACCGCUCACGCCUGUGGCCAAAGCGAAGAUGGGCUUCCCUUGUCUCCUGUGGCGUCUCCAAGCAAUGCCUCUUCCGUGGAAGAUCUCUAUAGCUUGCGCAAAUCGACAUACCAAGGAGAAUAUCUGAGUGCCAUGGCCUCCAGGGCCCAAACACAACUGUCACCUUCGGCUUAUCGCAAUCUAGUAUUCCAACUUGUCAGUAAGCUUACUCGAAGUGAGCUAUCCGACCUGAGCACUUUGGUUAAGGAUAAUUUGAAACGGGACUUUUUAAGCUCUUUGCCUAUCGAGGUUUCAAUGAACAUCCUGACAAAUUUGGAAUUCGCCGAUAUUUCGAGUUGUCUUGAAGUCAAUAAGUCUUGGAACUCGCUGAUAAAUAAUACUCCGUACCUAUGGCGGAAACUUAUGGUCAGCGAGGGUUUCAUGUCCCAACAAGUAUUCAGGAAGUACCGUCAAGAGAUUCCGUCAGUCACGCAAGCCGAUCCCCAGACAGAGGAUGAAGUUCGUCUAAGAUUUCUGAAAAACCAAAGAUAUUUGAACAACUGCUACAGCAAAUCGUUCAAACCUCACAGAAAGACCCUGAAGGGCCACUCGGUUAAGGUCGUUACGUGCCUACAGUUCGAGGAUGACUAUGUGAUUACGGGUGCAGAUGACAAAGUAAUACGAGUUUAUGACGCCAAGAAUGAGCAGUUUGUAACCCAACUAUGUGGACACGACGGUGGAGUAUGGGCUUUAAAAUACGCUCAACAUGGGAUAAUAGUCAGUGGCUCUACUGAUCGCAGCGUUCGUAUUUGGAAUAUUCAUAAAGGCAAGUGUACACAUGUUUUCAAGGGUCAUACAUCUACGGUAAGGUGUCUGGAUAUUGUCACACAUCAGGGAGAGAAAUUCAUAAUAACAGGCUCCAGAGACCACACCCUUCAUGUAUGGAAAUUGCCAAAUUAUCAUGCUGAGGACUACAAUCCUGAGGUAUGCGAGGUCUACAACACCACCGAGUCCAAUCCAUUUUUUGUGGGGAUCUUGCGUGGCCACAUGGCAUCCGUGCGUACUGUAUCAGGUUAUGGCAACAUUGUGGUCAGUGGCUCUUAUGAUUUCAAUGUGAUGGUCUGGGAUAUUGCCCAAAUGAAAUGCUUGUAUGUACUCACGGGGCAUACUGAUCGCAUCUACACUACGAUUUAUGAUCAUGAGAGAAAAAGAUGCAUCUCUGCUGGGAUGGAUAGCACGAUAAGGAUUUGGAACUUACAUGACGUCCAAAGCAACGGGCACUGUAGCACUAUAAACUCGCCUAAUAACGCAUGCAUCAAGGUAGCAGGUUCAAUGUUGACAUUGCAAGGUCAUACAGCGCUAGUGGGGCUGUUGGGUCUUUCCGACAAAUAUCUUGUUAGUGCUGGAGCAGAAGGUGUUCUGAGGGGAUGGGAUUCGCAUACUUACUCUCGCCAAUUUGCCUACCACUCGAAAGACAUGGGUGCCAUAACGAGCUUCUACGCCAAUGAUAAUCUUCUGGUCAGCGGAUCAGAGGGCCAAUUUAAUGUCUACAAUCUCAGAAGUGGGAAGCCGAUUCAUUCAGACCUGCUCAACGAUGCGGAUCAAGUGUGGGCUGUUAAGUUCAACAAUAGGAAAUUCGUCGCUGCUGUGGAAAGAGAUGGGCAUAGCUACGUCGAGUUUCUGGAUUUUGGAAGGCCGCAUGAGGAGAAUGAGGGAGUAGACAUUGACCAGAGCACUUCGCCAAGAGCCAAUUUUUCAGCACGUCCUGUGCGUCUCAUGGGCCAAGAACUGUGA